CUGGUCAUUUCCAAAUUAUAUAGAACAUCUGUGCCAAAUUACAGCUUUAUUUUAUUUUUAUCCGGGUUGGACCGUUUUUAUAUCUAAUCCCACUACACUAUAAGCUAAGUAUAUACUCAUAUCUGUACCUUGACAACCAACGGUGAAAAUGGCAUUUUUUAAUAUCUGUAAUUGAUUUGCGAGUUGUUGUGCGGGAUCGUUUCCUGGCAAUAAGAAUGUUGCCUUUCACAUCUUUAAUUAACGCAGUUCUCCGGAUAAAAACCCGAUAUGGUUAAAAUCACUGUAUUAAUCUACUUGACUGGCUUUAAUCACUUCAACUUAAUGAUUUCACUCUGCCAGAGUACUAUUGAAACUAGAUCUAACACAACAGAAUCAUUGUUUCUGAUGAAUUUUUUUUCAAACCAACAUAAUAUGUUGUAAUAACACACUGAAUGGUGUUUAUCUUAGGGAACUGGAAAGAGCAAGCUUUCAUCCAAUUAAAUUUUGCACGCGUGACAAAUGAAGUUCAAACAACCUGCACCUUGAGAUAGGGGUUUAUAGAACAGCAGACGAUGUUUGACGAUUAAAGUCUCGUCGCGAACUGUUGCUAUCUUAGUCGACAGAAAUGCAUACCAUAUUUGUAUUCAGCCUCGUGAUUUUGAUUCAAACUGUAUGCGUUGCAGGAUUUCAAAAUCCAGAUUUACAUUGGAAGUUUGACAAGGCAACGUCUAAAGGCUUUACAAGAGAAGAAAAUGUGUCAUCAUUGACCAUCAACCUUGGGUAUCUCUUCAAUGGAACAAAGAUUAGUAGUAUCGAAAAAUGGUAUGCUGCAAACUUCAGUGGAAACUAUUCAGGAGUCUUAAUUUCAAAUGUGACAAACAGUUGUAUUCUUAAUCCAGAAUCUUGUCGAUCUGGAUUUUCAAUUAGUUUUCACAUAAAAUGGCCUCGAUACCUAAACGAAACAGGAGUCGGCCAUGUCAUUUCCUCUGCAAAUUUCAGCAUUUACAGCACAUUCGAUGGCAAACUGAUCACAAGUCUUUGGAAUGGAUCUCACGAGUGGCAUGUUGUCUAUAAGAGGAACACGACAAAAUAUGGCUGGACAUGUUUUGUCGCUUCCUGGGAUCGUUUCACGCUGCAGUUACUUUCAAAUCGGAGUUUAGCAGCGUUCGUAUCAUCUAAUAUGACAAAAUUCCACCUUUCAAAAUUCGGAAGUAAGAGAACGAACUAUUCUAUGGCACACGAAGCUCUUCCGAGGCAAAUACUGAUAGGAACCAGCACGAAAUCAGCAGUAAAUUGUCUAAAAAUGUUUUUUGACGAUCUAAAGAUUUGGAACAUUGCAAUACGAAGAAAUGAGUCAAAAAAGGCUUGCAUACGGGCUACCAUCGCCAGUGAACAUCGAGAAGAAAGAUACGAGUAUCCAACGCAGAUUUAUACCUCAAUAAGAUUCGCCAACAAAGCGUUGAGGGGAUUUGUAAUGGAAAGAUGGAUUACCAUAACGAGUCUGUCCGAAUGCAUUGAGAGAUGCAAGAAGAAUAAGUUGUGCAAGUCGUUUAAUAUUGGUCAAGUGCAUUCACAUUUGGUUUGUGAGUUGAACAGCCAGAGAGAGAAGGCCCAUGGCAUUCACCUGAUAGACCGAGAGGACUAUUACUACUACGAUGUCUAUUGGGGCAACGAAAACGUGUGACAGUGACGCAGAAUCGCCAGUAGAGAAUGGGUCGAGGCGAACAUUUAAGAGAGUACAUGUGCCCCAUGCCCGUCAAAGAGUGUUAAUAAUCUGCCAAAGAUAGGGUAGCAGAGUUUUGCCUGGUUGUCUUUCUGACAUAUUUUGUGCUACUUUUCCCAUCACAUCGCAUCAAUAUUUUGUGCAUGUAAUGAGCCUUUGACAGGCUACCUUCAAUUCUUUGCAUGCUCAGAAAAACCAGAGUUUAUAGUAGCUUCUUGUUUAAAUUAAUAUUAGAAAGUGUAUAGCUUCUUCUCAAAAUUAUAUUCCUUUUCUCGCAGAAGAAUGCCCUUUCUGUAUAAACGCAACGUUUUAAAGGACAGUUAAUAAAAUUAUGUAUAUUAUUAUCCAGUAUCUACAAUUUAAACUCCUCCAUUUCCAGUUCACAAGAUGAGUUAUAGGCUCAAGGAAGACCCUCUUCAACGUGCUGAUUCUUUGUUUAAUUUUGUUGCAUAAAUUAUCAAAUAAUCAAAUCUUUUUUCCAUAUAAAUGAUAAGCAAACACGACGCAUUCGUUGAGCGCAGUUGCUUUUUAAGAUUAAAGACGAAGUCGAAGCGAAAGUGAUAUUUGUGCCAUAUUGAAAUUGUGUUCAAAGUAUGAUAGUCUCUGAUAUGUGAGCUACAUCAAUGCGAAUGAAAGUACCUAAUAAUGUGAUAAUUGCUGUAGGCUGCAGAUGGACCUGAAGUAAAAUGUAUUUGUCCAAGAAUUUGGUUUUUAUUUAUGUGCUUUAAAUCUUUUCCGAAAAAUUACACCAUGUAAACAAUUGAUGCCCCUCUAACGCUAAACACCUUGGGCACAGUGCCCAGUGACCUGUUGUUAAUAUGGAAUUGGCUUCCUGAUAACUAGUGACUUUCACGCUGAGAGUUUGACUCAAAUAAAGAAAAUUGUGGCUACAGGGCUGCAUAAAGAGAGCCUAAGUUCUUGCUUACAUCUGGCAAAAUUGAAACGAUAUGAGUGAGCUUGCAUCUCGCAUUUGCAAAGAGCACCAGCGAAAGCACCUGCAAUUGCUUGGUUUUCUUGUCAUCUAAAUAUCUUUCCAAUGUUUUCAAAGCUUAUGACAUUUGUUGUUUUGACAAUUUUUUUUUAAGGAAGUCAUGUCUCCAACAUAAUGAAAUAAUGAAACUGCCAUGGAUUAAGGUACCACGGUUUAAAUUGUUUGAUCAAAAUUACACAAUGUAACUACUGUGAA